UUUUUUCUGGGCGUUUUGCGUGCCCGUCGUCGAGACCGCCACCAUCUCUGCUGUAUGCCUCAACGAGAUGGAGGCUGGUCGCUUCCCCCGCGAAGUCUUCCUCUCUGGCCGAGAGGUCUCCAUUGAGCUGACGGCCCUCUUCAACGGCUACACCGUCGCCUUCGGGACCACGGCCCCCUUCGCGGCGAAGUACCCGGACAUGAUCACCGAGUCGAUGACGGCAAACAACGGCAACGUCAACAAAGUCAUCGCCGUGAGCCACAAGCUCAAGCAAGGCAUCAUGAUCUGGCUCGUCAUCUCCGGUCUCAUCGUGUCGGUACUCGUUAGCUUGGCCCUCGGGCUGAAGAUGCGGAAUAUCCAGGUCGCUUUCGCCGCAUUCGGAGCCAUGACGUUGGUCAUGACGGUGCCUCUAAAUGCGAUCUUUCGGAUGACGGAAUGACAGAACAUGAAUCAUGUUGAUGAAAGGAGCCUUCCAUUAGCAUGACAAUUACCACAUAGAUUAGUACGCUCGAUAUGAAAGAGAAAGACGUGGGCCACCGCGAUACCAAGACGAUAAAAGCGUUCAUAGUUAUCACAGUUCCCAUGAGCACGGAUCAUGAUCUUGCCUUGGUGCCAGCAAAGAAGAAUGAC